GGCGAGUGCGGCAGGAUGACUUCAUUCUGGCUGCAUCGCUAUUUGGAAAUGACUGGACGAGGAAAAACCGGCGGCAAAGCUCGGGCCAAGGCCAAGUCUCGCUCAUCCCGGGCCGGGUUGCAGUUCCCGGUUGGCCGUGUCCACAGGCUCCUGAGAAAGGGCAACUAUGGUGAGCGGGUGGGUGCUGGAGCCCCGGUCUAUCUGGCUGCUGUGCUCGAGUAUCUGACGGCUGAAAUCCUGGAGUUGGCCGGCAACGCGGCCCGGGACAACAAGAAGUCCCGCAUUAUCCCCAGACAUCUGCAGUUGGCCGUCCGUAACGACGAGGAACUCAACAAGCUGUUGGGAGGGGUGACCAUCGCCCAGGGCGGGGUGUUGCCCAAUAUCCAGGCCGUGCUGUUGCCCAAGAAAACCAGUGGAGCCAACAAGUAAACGAGACAAACUAAACGUAGUGACCAAAAGGCUCUUUUCAGAGCCACUCACAUUGUCUGUGGAAGGGCUGACCAGCGAUUGGGGCAAGGGCGGGGGAAAUUGAAUAAAGGCGUUUGUUCUGGGUGAAA